AUGAGCACAACAUUCCAACGAUUGUUUCAUUCCAAUAAUAUUGCUCUAACUCUCGAUAGGAAACAUGUAGAUGAAAUUAAAAGGAUUUUUGAUGAGGACACUUCAACAACAAAGAAAGGAGGUGAAGUUUUAUAUAAUCCUAAUGAAAUUGAUAUGGCUUUUAAUCAUGAUUGGACAGGUCAAUUUAAAGGAGCUUCCGAACUUGUUUUGAGACCUAGAACAACUGAACAAGUUUCAAAAAUUGUAAAAUAUUGUAAUGAGAAUAAUAUUGUUAUUAUUCCACAGGGAGGAAAUACUGGUUUAGUAGGUGGUGGAAUACCUGUAAAUGAACAAAUUGAACAUAGACCUCAAAUCAUUUUGAGUACAAAUUUAAUGAAUGAAAUUAUUUCAUUUAAUGAUAAGAGUGGAAAAUUGAUUUGUCAAUCUGGUUGUAUUUUAGAACAUUUAAAUCAUACUUUGGAAGAGAAGGGAUAUCAAAUGCCACUUGAUUUGGCUGCUAAAGGAAGUUGUCAAAUUGGUGGUAAUAUUGCAACAGGUGCUGGAGGUAUUAGAUAUGUUAAAUUUGGUUCAUUACAUUCGAAUUUACUUGGUUUGGAAUGUGUUUUACCAGAUGGCUCAAUUAUGGAUUCAAUUAAGGAAAUUAGAAAGGAUAAUACUGGUUAUCAUUUAUCACAUUUAUUUGUUGGAAGUGAAGGAACUUUGGGAAUUAUUACAAAAGUAGCUCUUCAAGUUCCAAUCAAACCAAAAUCUGUCAAUGUAGCUCUUAUUUCCGUUGAAUCAUUUGAAAAAGUUCAAGAAUUAAUUUUAAUGGCAAAGAGAGAGUUGGGUGAAAUAUUAUCUGCUGUUGAGUUUGUUGAUAGUGAUAGUAUGAAAUUGGUAAUGAGAUUAAAUCAUGAAACUCUUCAACCACCAGUUGAGGGAGAACAUCCAUUCUAUCUCGUCAUUGAAACACAAGGAAGUUCUAAAGAGCACGAUGAAGAAAAAUUAAAUGAUUUCUUUGCAAAGGCCUUAGAAGAAGGAGUAGCCACUGAUGGAAGUUUAGCAUUUGAUGAAAAACAAUCGCAAUAUCUUUGGAAAUUUAGAGAGUUGGUUUCAGAAUCAUUGAAAAAGGAUGGCUAUGUGUACAAGUAUGACAUUUCAAUUCCACUCGCCAAAAUGUAUGACAUUGUAUUGGAUAUGAAGGAGAGAAUGAAAGUCUUCCCACAAGCAAAGGUUUACAGUUUUGGACAUUUGGGUGAUGAAAAUCUCCACUUGAACAUUGUCUCACCAAAAUUUGAAAAACAAAUUAAGGAAACUAUUGAACCAUAUGUCUAUGAAUGGACAAGCAAGCAUAGAGGAAGUAUUUCAGCAGAGCAUGGUAUUGGAGUUUUGAAAAAGAAUUAUCUCCACUAUUCACAAACCAAUGUUGCACUCAAUUUGAUGAAAUCAAUCAAGAAAACUCUCGAUCCAAACAAUAUUAUGAAUCCACACAAGGUUUUAUAA